UGUGGGCGUGGAAGAAAAAAUCAGUUCAUAAAAGAAAGAGAGAAGAGAGCCAGAAGAUUUCGUAACAUCCACUCCCUCCCUAUCCACCCCCUCUCUCUCUCUUUCUAUACACACACACACACACACACACACACACACGCACACUAUAUUUCCCAGUUUCUAUCUUCUCAUUUCUCUCUUCCAUUUCUGAAUCAUUCCCCGUGGGGGGUUUUCAGAGCUAGGGUUUUGUGGAUCGAAUUUUCAUUCCGAUUUCAAUGAGUUCGGGUUCAAUAUCCUGCUCUCCUGUCGUCACCAAAGACUUGGCCAAGAAGAAGAGGACGAACAGGUUGGCGAAAUUGAAGCAGAGCAAGCUCGAUGUUCGCCGCGAGCAAUGGCUUUCACAUGUCAAGAAUAAAGGGCACAAAGUGAACUCGGAUGGGAGGGGUGGGUCUCCUACACCAUCUAGGCAAGUAGAGAAAGGGCAAAAUGGAUCAUUGGACAAUUUGGAAAUGAGUUCAACCGGAGGAGAGAAUGACAGUUCGAGCAUCCAUGACAGUGAUUCGGAGUCUCUGACAACCAGUCCGAGUGGAAGCAGUUUGGAUUGUAAUGAUUCGAUGAAGAAUCUUAGUGAGAGCAGUGGAAGUGAUUGUUCGGGAAAUGUCAGCAAGGAGGAUGCUGAUGAUGGGUGUCUAGAUGACUGGGAGGCUGUGGCCGAUGCUUUAAAUGCAGAGGACAACAAGCAUACCCCUAUUAUUGAUUUUCCUUCCAAAGCUGAAAUCACAGUUGAACCCACAGGCCUUGAACCAUCUAGCGAGAAUCCUGGAGUUGAAUUAUCGAAUCCAGAGAACAGAAACAUGGUUCCUGGGUCACGUACGGCGCGUUGUGCUUGGAGACCUGAUGAUGCUUCCCGUCCUCAGAAUCUGCCCAAUGUGCCAAAACAGCAUAGUUUCGUGGUUCAAUCAGACUGGCAUUGUGGCCAUGGAGCCAUUGCAUGGGCAUGGCAAAACAUCGUGCCCCAGCCUUCUUCAUGUCCUAUAUGCUAUGAGGAUUUAGAUGUCACAGACUCGAGCUUUGUUCCAUGUUCAUGCGGCUUUCGGCUUUGCCUCUUUUGCCACAAAAGGAUUCUAGAGGCAGACGGGCGCUGUCCAGGCUGCAGGAAGCAGUACGAUCAUGGAAAUGGAGCAAUGAGCAUCAACAGAGGAGCUACAACUUUUAGAGUGGCUUGAUCUUGCAGUGUGAGUACUAGAUCCUAGAAAGUGAGUUUCUAUAUCUUGAACUUUUUGUUUAUCGCCUCUCUGUUUGCGCCGAGUCAAGUCUGUCAAACUUGCAGCAUCGUUAACGAAAAUUUGAGUAUAGUGAUAGAGGUGGGAAGCGGCCUGGUAUCGGAAUUGGAACUUUGGUGAGUCCAAUUCCUGUAUAAUGUUUAGGAUAUGUUGGUGUAGGAAACUGAUGCAGUUAUGUGAAUAGUUGGGGUUGGUACAAACUUUCCAAAUAAGAAAUUUGAGUAUAUCCGCGUUCUUUUA